AUGAAUUGCUGCCCCAAACCCUCCAACAUUAAUGGCUGCCCCAAACCCUCCUACAACAUUAAUGGAUACUCCAAACCCUCCUACAACAUUAAUGGAUACUCCAAACCCUCCUACAACAUUAAUGGCUGCCCCAAACCCUCCUACAACAUUAAUGGAUACUCCAAACCCUCCUACAACAUUAAUGGAUACUCCAAACCCUCCUACAACAUUAAUGGAUACUCCAAACCCUCCUACAACAUUAAUGGAUACUCCAAACCCUCCUACAACAUUAAUGGAUACUCCAAACCCUCCUACAACAUUAAUGGAUACUCCAAACCCUCCUACAACAUUAAUGGCUGCCCCAAACCCUCCUACAACAUUAAUGGAUACUCCAAACCCUCCUACAACAUUAAUGGAUACUCCAAACCCUCCUACAACAUUAAUGGAUACUCCAAACCCUCCUACAACAUUAAUGGAUACUCCAAACCCUCCUACAACAUUAAUGGAUACUCCAAACCCUCCUACAACAUUAAUGGAUACUCCAAACCCUCCUACAACAUUAAUGGAUACUCCAAACCCUCCUACAACAUUAAUGGAUACUCCAAACCCUCCUACAACAUUAAUGGAUACUCCAAACCCUCCUACAACAUUAAUGGAUACUCCAAACCCUCCUACAACAUUAAUGGAUACUCCAAACCCUCCUACAACAUUAAUGGAUACUCCAAACCCUCCUACAACAUUAAUGGAUACUCCAAACCCUCCUACAACAUUAAUGGAUACUCCAAACCCUCCUACAACAUUAAUGGAUACUCCAAACCCUCUGUCAUGGAUGACAAACCUCCCCUCUCCACACCGUCCAACCAGACCCCAACCACCCCCUCUCCACACCGUCCCACCAGACCCCAGCCUCCCCCUCUCCACACCGUCCACCAGACCCCAGCCUCCCCCUCCACACCAUCCAAAGAGACCCCAGCCUCCCCUCUCCACAACGUCCAAAGAGACCCCAGCCUCACCUCUCCACACCGUACAAAGAGACCCCAACCUCCCCUCUCCACACCGUCCAAAGAGACCCCAGCCUCCCCUCUCCACACCGUCCAAAGAGACCCCAGCCUCCCCCUCUCCACACCGUCCAAAGAGACCCCAGCCUCCCCUCUCUACACCGUCCAACCAGACCCCAGCCUCUCCACACCGUCCCACCAGACCCCAGCCUCCACUGUCCAACCAGACAACCAGCCUCCACUGUCCAACCAGACCCCAGUCUCCACUGUCCCACCAGACCCCAGCCUCCCCACACCGUCCCACCAGACCCCAGCAUCUACUGUCCCACCAGACCCCAGCAUCUACUGUCCCACCAGACCCCAGCCUCCCCACACCGUCCCACCAGACCCCAGCAUCUACUGUCCCACCAGACUCCAGCCUCCCAUCUCCGCACUGUCCCACCAGACUCCAGCCUCCCAUCUCCGCACUGUCCCACCAGACUCCAGCCUCCCAUCUCCGCACUGUCCCACCAGACUCCAGCCUCCCAUCUCCGCACUGUCCCACCAGACUCCAGCCUCCCAUCUCCGCACUGUCCCACCAGACUCCAGCCUCCCCUCUCCACACUAUCCCACAAGACCCCAGCCUCCCCUCUCCACACCGUCCCACCAGACCCCAGCCUUCCCCCGCCACACUGCACCACCAGACCCCAGCCUCCCCUCUCCGCACUGCCCCACCAGACCCCAGCCUCCCCUCUCCGCACUGCCCCACCAGACCCCAGCCUCCCAUCUCCACACUAUCCCACAAGACCCCAGCCUCCCCUCUCCACACCGUCCCACCAGACCCCAGCCUCCCCUCUCCACACCGUCCCACCAGACCCCAGCCUCCCCUCUCCCACACCGUCCCACCAGACCCCAGCCUCCCCUCUCCACACCGUCCCACCAGACCCCAGCCUUCCCCCGCCACACUGCCCCACCAUGA